GGUGGACAAGUUCGACUACCGUAUGUUGGUUAUAUUCGAGAGCCGAACCCCCGGUUCUGCACAACCGGGGUGAAACGCCCCCGUAAGCGUGGUCGGAAAUCUAUCUGUUGAUGUGAGCAGUCACAUCAACAGAUUAAACGCUCACAUCAGAUUAAACGCUCACAUCAAACGCUCACAUCAACAGUCUACUUCGCCAGACUCCGCCAGAUUUCAGCAGACUCCGCCUACAUAACCCCAGAACUCCAUGUCAGGGGAGCAAUUCUUGCUGCGAUGUCGUACUUGGACUCGAUCAAAGCUCCAGUCAAUCACAAUCCCAAUCCAGUGCCCUUCCACUUACUCAUUUCCGACUUAUUUACCAAAAUAAACAUUAAAGAAUUGCCAGCUAAUUCGCUGGCAAACAAUAAACGAGAUUACCAUGUUAAUCUAUUCAAUAACUUUGUUAACCAUUAUCGAAUCCAGAUUGGCGAGGAUUUCUAUCCCGUGUUCCGAUUGAUCUUACCGGAAUUGGACUCGAGGUUAUAUCAUUUGAAAGAUGUUUCUUUGAACCGAUUGUUUAUCAAGAUCUUGAAUAUCCCUAAAAAUUCUCCCGAUUAUAACUUAUUGUUCAAUUGGAAGAAAAACUAUCAUUAUAUUAAGAACUCAAAUGGGGAGAUUUUGGCUAAUUUGCCCCAAACUUUUUGUCAAAUCUUGUCGCAUAGAAGAACUCAAACGGUGCCCGCUGGUAAAUUAUCCGUUAAUGAUAUAAAUAACUCAUUGGAUGAGUUAACUAAGUUGACUAAAUCAGAUGAUUUGGUCAGGUUUUUCAAUGAUAUCUUUGACCAGUUAUCAAUUGAAGAAAUUAGAUGGUUUUGUCAUAUCAUCUUGAAAGACUCUAUUCUAUCAAACCAAUCAAGUCUUUUCUGGCUAACUUACCACCCGGAUUCUUUGGACUUAUUGAAAAUUACCAACAAUUUGAAAUUGGUCGUUUGGGCUUGCCAUGAUCCUUUGCAUCGAUUAUCGCCCGCUGAAAAACAAAUCCAGUUAUUCCAUGCCUUCAUUCCGGAGGCUCUGGAAAAAAUUAAAUCCUCGUAUGAUACAAUCAUUAACAGACUAACCAAUAAAUCUUAUAAACCGUCUUCUAAUUUGAUGAAUUAUUAUAAUCGUGAAAAUUAUCAUGGUAAGUUCAUUAUUGAAGAAAAAAUUGAUGGGGAUCGUAUGUUAAUCCAUAUGAUCAAUAAAUCGUAUCCCACCUCUUAUAAUAAUUUGGAAUUUAAAUUUUACUCCAGAAGAAGAAAAAAUUAUACUCUUUUAUACGGCUCAAAUAAUCAUUUUGGUUCUCUACUGAAGUUUCUAUCAAGGGGGUUUAGUAACAGCUUCAUGGUUUCGAGUUGUAUCCUUGAUGGUGAAAUGGUGGCCUUUGAUAAAACUUUGAAAAAAAUCUUACCCUUUGGUACUUUGAAACUGGCCGCUAUUCAAGAACUGGUUAAACAAUUCAAUACCACCGAUGCUUAUGAUGUUCAAGAUAUCCAACCUCUUUUUAUGAUUUUUGAUGUAUUAUAUUUAAAUUCAAAAAAUUUGACUCAUCUACCUCUUUAUUAUAGAAAAGAAGUUUUGAAGAAGAUUAUCAACCCAAUUGAAAACAGAUUUCAAAUUUUAAAUUAUGCUCUUGGUGUCAAUUCAACGGAUAUUAAUAACGCGAUAAAGCAAGUUAUUAGUGAACGCUCAGAAGGAGUUAUGUUGAAAAAUAUCUUAUCGAAAUAUGAAUGGGGGAAAAGAUCUAAAAAUUGGAUCAAAGUUAAACCAGAAUAUUUAGAGUAUUAUGGUGAAAAUGUCGAUUUGAUAGUUAUUGGCAAAAUUAAAGGUGUCAAGAAUUCUUUUAUUUGUGCUUUAUUUGAUUUGGAUUCAAAAAUUUUUAAAAGUUUUUGUAAUGUUGCUAAUGGCUUUACUUAUGAUGAGUAUAAAGAAAUUGAUUCUAUUUCUAAAAACAAAUGGCAUAAUUUUAAAAUUGAUCCUCCUCCUAUUGAUUUACUACAAUUUGGUACUAAAAAACCUGAUGAAUGGUUAAAUCCUUAUGACUGUCAAAUCAUUUUGGAGAUCAAAGCUAGGUCAAUUGAUCACUCCGACACUUUAAUGUAUAAGGCGGGUACCACAUUACAUGGUCUAUGGUGUAGAUCUUUAAGGAGAGAUUUGAAUUUAAAUGAUUGUGAAAAUUUACAAAGUUACUUAGCCAAAAAGAAUGUUCACCAUACUAAUAAGAUUCAAAAAGUUAAUUCAAAUUUUAAAAGAAAAAUUAAUUUUCAAGAUUCAAUCAUUGAAGACGAAAGAUCCGGGGAAAUUGAUUUUGAUUCUUCGGAAAAUAAAACAAUAUUUCAAAAGAUAAAAAUGUUAAUUUUGACUGACUACAAAUCCAAACAACUCAAAUUAACUCGUAAUCAAUUGAUUGAACUAGUGAAACUUCAUGGGGGUGACCCGGUUAAUGAUUUAUCAAAUAUAAAUUUAGAUGAUUUUAAAGUUGUUAUAAUUGGUUCUAAAUUAAUUCCUUCCAUUAUCGGUUAUAUAAAUCAAGGUUGGGAUAUCUUAAAACCAGUUUGGAUUUUAGAUUGUAUUAAUAAGAAUAGCCUCGUCCCUUUAGAGCCAAAUUUUAUUUUGAAUGGUAAUGAUCAAUUGACUGAAUUUGCUGGGAAAAGACUAGAUAAGUUUGGUGAUAGUUUUACUACAACCCUCGACUCGAAUUAUCCAAUCAAAAAAAAAAAAUCAUCAAAUUGA